AUUCUUUGCCAUUUUUGGCAUCUUGCCUUUUAAUAUCUCCAUCAUCGUCUUGGAGUCUUCAACUCCGAAAUCGACCCAAAACCAUACAACGAAAAGGCCACCGUGUGAUCAAAACCACUCAUUUCUCACCAUCUUAAGCGAAGACCCAAAACCAUGGCCGGUGCAACCACCUCCACCACAACAUCCACCACCAUAUGGCCCACCCUUCUCUUCUUGGGGGUGGUCCCAGUCGCCGUCGCGAUCCUUCUCUACCGAGCUGACGGGUUCGACCCGGCUCCGCUGCCCGACCACGGCUCGUGGCCCUCCAGAGCCGUGCCGGCCCGCAAUGAUCGGAUACUCAAGGUGGCGGAGAAGUUGGGUGAUGGGCUAUUGCAUGGACCCGAGGACAUGGCAUAUGACGCUGAGGCCCAUGUUCUCUACACCGGCUGCGAUGAUGGGUGGAUCAAGAAGGUCACGCUUGCUGAUGUGGCAUCAUCGGUGACCGUUGAUAACUGGGCCCAUGUUGGUGGCCGACCGCUCGGCGUUGCUCUUGGACUUCAUAAGGACCUCAUCGUCGCCGACGCCAAUAAGGGACUGCUGAGGGUCACGACAGAGGGUGCGGUGGAGCUGCUGACCAAUGAGGCCGAGGGCCUCAAAUUCCGUUUAACCGACGGUGUAGAUGUCGCCAGCGAUGGAAUGAUUUACUUCACGGAUGCAUCGCACAAAUACAGCUUGGAUGUUGCCAUGAUGGACAUUAUGGGGGGCCGUCCAUAUGGACGGCUGAUGAGCUUCGAUCCAUCGACCAAAAAGACACAAGUCCUUGUUCGUGGCCUCUAUUUUGCCAAUGGCGUCGCACUCUCCCCACAACAUGACUUCCUAGUCUUCUGCGAGACCGUCCUGAGGAGGUGUAGAAAAUAUCACAUCCAAGGUGAGAAGAAAGGAUCGGUGGACGACUUUGUCGAUAACUUGCCUGGAUAUCCCGACAAUAUCAGAUGUGAUGGCGACGGUCAUUUUUGGAUAGGAAUUGCAAUGGGAAGGACAUUGUUUUAUGAUUGGAUGAUGAUGAACCCAUUCAUAAGGAAGACAAUCGUGAUCAUUGAGAAGUUCGUAAAGAUGCCUAACAUGCAGCAGGACGGCGGGGUAUUGGAAGUCAGCUUGGAGGGUGAACCACUUGCCUUAUAUUCGGACCCCGCGCUCUUUGGGGUCACCGGCGGGCUGAAAGUAAGAAACCAUCUUUACUAUGGUUUGCUUGCCGGAAGCUACAUAGGCCGCAUCGAUCUCACCCGACAUGCAGCACGUGCCGAAUGAAUCUCCAUGUAUAGGUGCACUAUUUUCUUAAUAAAAGAAAAGAUGGCGUGCUUGGGCUUUGUAAGGUAUUAAAGAGAACAAUCGAAAGAGCAUACGUUUAACAUUUCAUGUAUGAUCUGCCUUGCUUGGUAGCAAACGCCCCCUAACAUGAUAAAGGCUCUAGUUAUUCGUACA